AUGAUAACUCUUGCUGUACCCACAAAGUCCCUUUCUGUAUCAAACUCGGCACAAACAAGCAAUCGAUACAUUCGGGAGAGGCCACAAUUCAGGUGUCUCUCGGUGCUUUCCUUUGAGAAAAAAUUUGCAGAAAAACGGCGGCUUCUUUUAGGAUGUUCUGCUGCGUCAACACUUACAUUCUUAUUAAACUCUAACCGUGAGUUACUGUUAUUACCUGCAUUGGCCGAGGAAGAUCUGAAUGGCUUGGAGGGCAAAGAUGAGACCAGUGUUGUGGGGGCCUUGAAGUCAUUGUUCGAGCCAAACGAGAAAACAAAAUCGGGUAAGGUUCUGCCCAAGUCUUACUUGAAAUCCGCGAGGGAAGUUGUGAAAACUCUUCGUGAGUCGCUUAGAGAAAGUACGGUGGAUAUGGCUAAGUUUAGACGGACAGCUGAUGCCGCAAAAGAAUCAAUCCGGGAAUAUCUGAAUGGGUGGAGGGGCCAGAAGACGGUCGUGAAUGAAGAAUCGUAUGCUAUGCUCGAAAAAGCUAUAAGAUCUCUUGCUGGGUUUUACUCGAAAGCAGGUCCAUCUGCAACCCUUCCUGAGGAGGUAAAAACUGAGAUACUGAGGGACCUUGCCACAGCAGAAAAAUCUCUGUGA